AUGAUACACGGGCGAAUUCUCAUGGCUCGAGUCACCAGAUCGACCGCCGCCAAGGCAAAAACCGGCUUUGACACUCCCAUCAAGACCGAGCAACCGGCAGUACGACCGACAGGAAGGAAGCGAGCUGCCGAAAAUAAAUCUACAGACCAAUCGCCCGCCAGUCGAAAAAGAGUCAAGUCCGAAGCCGUGAAGACAGAGUCUGCCGCAGCCAAACUAGAGCACCUCGACGAUGACCACGACGUGCUUUCCAAAAUCCCAACAGCCCCAAUCCCUCCUCCGGCUUCAACCUCACCCAGCACGAGCUCCGCCCUGGCGUCGCGCAAGCUAAAGCAGUACUACGGCGGCGACGCCAGCAAGCUCGGCCCGUUCCCCAACUUCCCCCACCCCACCCCGGCCGAAUGCAAGCGCGUGCACCGCAUCCUCGCCAAGCUGCAUGGCGCACGCAAGCGGCCCACCGUGCCCCUGACCGCAGGCCCGGCGGGGCGGGCGGGGUGCGGCGACGCGCCCUCGGUGCUCGACGCGCUGGUGCGUACGAUUCUGAGCCAGAACACGUCCGACUCCAACUCGGCGCGGGCGAAGCGGUCCAUGGACCGGGCGUACGGUGGCCGGCACGACAACUGGCCGGAGGUGGUGGCGGGCGGGGUCGGGAAGCUCGAGGAGGCGAUCCGGUGCGGUGGGCUCAGUGUCGUCAAGAGCCGCGUCAUCAUGUCGAUCCUCGAGACUUGCGUGGAGCGGUACGGCGUCUACUCGCUCGACCACCUGCGGGAGGCGAGUGACGAGGAUGCCAUGCGGGAGAUGCUGGCGUUUAAAGGUGUCGGGCCCAAGACGGCCAGCUGCGUGCUGCUCUUUUGUCUUGGCAGGGAGAGCUUUGCUGUGGACACGCAUGUUCAUCGCCUGACCGGUAUGCUGGGCUGGAGACCGGCGGGGACGAGUCGGGAGGAGGCGCAUUUGCAUCUGGAUGCUAGGAUUCCAGACGAGGACAAGUACGGGCUGCAUGUCUUGCUGAUCACACAUGGGAAGAGGUGUGCGGAGUGUAAGGCUGGAGGAAAGAGUGCAGGGAGGUGCGAGUUAAGAAAGGCAUUGAAGAAUGAGGACGGAGAUGGCCUGAAGGGAGAUGAUGAUGACGGCGAAGAGAAGCUUGCAAAGGUAGAGGAGGAGGAAGAGAGUUGA